UCCAUUAGUAUCGAUCGGUAAGCGCGGUAUGUGGACCGUAUAAACUUCGUAUCUAGGGGUCGCCAUUUUGUACGAGUCUGCGCGGUGUGGUUUUCGCAUGGAAAGGGAAAUCGCCCCUCUGCCUGAGGGGGGAAUGGAUUCAUAGCUUUAAUAUUACAAAAUGCUGCGUACGCCGAUACUUCAGCAGAUUCGCUGUGCACACAGUACCGUGUCAGCCAGUGGACGACCAUAUUGGAAGAAGAAUCCUCAUUUAGACCAGAUAAUCCGUGUGGACCAUGCAGGUGAGCUGGGCGCCGACCGUAUCUACGCUGGCCAGAUGGCAGUGCUCGGCAGUACCGCGGAAGGCCCACUCAUACAGCACAUGUGGGACCAGGAGAAGAAACAUCGCGCAAAGUUUGAGGAGCUGAUCAAUGAAUACAGGGUCCGACCCACGGCGCUUACACCGAUUUGGAAUGUCGCUGGCUUCGUCUUAGGCGCUGGCUCAGCUCUCCUAGGCAAAGAAGCAGCGAUGGCUUGCACAGUCGCCGUAGAAACCGUGAUAGUAGACCAUUACAACGACCAGCUCCGAACGUUAAUGGAGGACCCUAACAUCGACAAGGAGAUCUUGGAAACCAUUACCAAGUUCCGUGAUGAGGAGCAGGAACACCAUGACACAGGGAUCGACCAUGGAGCUGAACAAGCCCCCUUCUACAAAGCCUUGACUGAAGUUAUAAAGGCUGGAUGUAAAUGUGCCAUUGCCAUUUCGAAGAAGGUUUAAAAUAAAGAGGUUUUUGACAUUCAAAGAUGGCGUGGAAUGGCUCUUGUCAAUGUCAAGUCGUUGAGUAAUACUGGCCGAAAAUACGCACGUGAGUAAUGUUGAACUCACUAAGUAGUUUUGUUGCAAAUUAUUGGACAAAUAUUAUAAUGAAGUUUGUUGAUAUAAAAUAUUUGAUGGUUUUACUGAUUUUUUUAUAUGGAAAUCAAGCGAAAUCUCUGUAGUCACCAGAUAGAAAAUGAGGUCUAAAAUUAUAGGACAAAACUGGCGUUCUCACGAUUUAUGUAGACAGGAGCUGUUGUGUAUUUGCUCAUAGCGGGUAGUUAAUUAGUCACUAGUAAUUAAAGAACUAAUAAAAUAAAUACAGAACAAUAACUCAAAGCUGUAGACUUUGGUUUAUGAGGCCGUAACUGUUACCGUAAUUGUUUUAAUGAUUGAUAGGUCUGAUUUACCAUCACAGUUUAUUGCAAAGUAUAGCACAUUAGCCAAGUUAAGAUGAAGCCUAUAUAGGUUCAGUCUAAGUGCAAGAUGCCAUUGACAAAAGAAUAAAGUGUGAAGUUUGCUAUAUGUAUAGUCGACGGUACUAAACUGGCAACUGUUAGUUACUCCUUAAACAUUAAUACAUUUUAAUAUAGGUUUUACAAUAUCAUAGCAUUUACGUCUAAUGUUACCUACUGUUACGAAAAGUAUUAUUUCCAUAAAGUUUAUGUUUGUUGUUCCAUGUCUCAAAAAUGUACUCGUCUCGUCUAUAUUUUUGUUACAUAAAUAAAUUAUAUAUUACAUAA